CGGCGAGCAGCCCCGCACCGCAGCCUUCGGCCCAGCAUCGGGGACCCGCGGGCAGCUCGCUGUUCUGCAUCACGCUGUUCACGCCUGGUCAGGGCGACCUCGUCCGCGGGCACAUGGCCGCUGGCGUCGGCGUGUUCGGCUGCGAUGACUACGCGCUCUACAGCAGUUCCGAAGCUGGGCGGUGCCCACGUCCGGGUCCUCGACGUGGACCCGGUGGCCCUCACGAGCCUGCCGCGCCCCGCCUCGGCCGGCGCCGUCUUCGUGGCCCUCUGGACCGCCGUCGUCGCGGACGGCGCGUUUCGCGCCCAGGACUGGACCGUCAGGGCCGACGCGGACUGCCUGCUGCUCCCCGAGCCGCCUCCGCGGCGUCAUCCGCGCGCGCGCGCCCGCGGGCGCCGGCGCCCUCACCGCGCGGAGGGCCUCGCUGGUGGCCUGCCCAGAGCUGGUCUGGGCGCCCCUGGAGGUGCUCUCCAGCGCCGCGGUGGAGGCCCUGCAGCGCUGCGGCGCCGCCUGCGGGCCCGCCGGCGCGGGCCGCCUCGGUGGCCUGGAGGCCGCCGGCCACGCCGGCGUCACCACCGCCCGCGAGGGCGCCUGGCGCCGCGGCCACGACGGCCGCCGCUGCGGGAGCUGCCGCCGGCAGCGCACCAACAGCAGAGACGUCCAGAGUCCCGCCAUCUCCCGACAGCACCGUGGAGGGUCAUUAUGCCGAGGGUGGAGACUGGAACGACUGGUGGCAGAGGGCGAGUUCCGCCUGGGACGGUGGGGGAAGAGGCCUCGACGCAGGCCUGUCCAAGACGGCACCGACAUACGAGCUGCUCAAGACCGACGGCUACAGAGUCUUUCGUCGAAAGCUAGAGGUCUUCGAGCGCUGCUGCAGGAAGCGCGGCACCACCGCAAUCAGCGAGGGCGCGUUCUUGAUCAUGAACUCGCUGCAGGGUGAAGCCGCGGAGGCUACGGAGGAUAUCGACCUGGAUCAGCUGGAGUCCGAGGACGCCUUCAAGCCGCUGUUCCAGGUCCUCGACGAAUACUACAAGUACGACAACCAGACCGAGCUGCCAGCCCGCACAGAUCAGUUUUUCGGCAAGUUCGCUCGCCAGGAUAAGGAGACGAUGAAGCUCUACUGCUUGCGUCACAAGCGAGAGCUGAGGAAGCUCAAGGAGGUCGGUAUGGAGAUUCCCGACAUGCUGGCGGGCUGGCACCUCCUCUCACGAGCGGCCGUCCCGCCUUCGGGCGCCGCCCAGGUGCGAAGUCAAUGUGCCAAUGGCCUCAGUUGGAUCAGUGUGAAGAAGGCCCUACUCGAUACAUAUGGAGCCGAAGCCGUACCCGACAAGCGCGACGUGAAGCGAGUUGAGAGGAUGCUGGUCGGGCAGGGUCACAAGGACGACGUGCACUACACGAACGAUUACGAGUGGGAGCGAGGCCUGAGCUACGAGGACUCAUACCUGGAGGAGGAAGAGUACGAUUACGACGAAUACGAAGAGUACGACGCUGAAGAGUACGAGGAAGAGGCCGACGUCGCCGAGGAGCUGCCGCAGGACGUGGAAGAAGCCCAGAUUGCGUGCGACGAGGCCUACCUCAGUUUCGUGGAUGCGAAGAAGCGCGUAGCGGAGAUCGCCAAGUCGAGAGGGUUUUGCCCGAUCGUAGCUGUCGCGCCUGACAACAACCUUCAACACGGCAAGGGCGCGUCGCGCCCCGCCAAGCCGACGGGCGGCAAGGGCAAGGGCCGCAGCAAAGGCAAAGGCAAAGGCAAGGGCACCGGCUCGCGCCAGGUGUUCAGGCCGAAAGUGAACAUCUUCAACAGGCCCCCGACGGCGACGCCGGCAGGAUCGACCGCUACAGGCUCGACACAGCAGCACGGCCCGAGGUUCAAGCGAUUCCGUGGAGGAGGUUUCGUGAAGCCCGAUUCGGAGCACGCCGCCAUGGUAGAAGACGUGGAGACGCUGGAGUACGCUAACUCGACCGAGGAGGUGUACCUGAUGUCGACUGGCAAGGGCAUCAGCGACGGCGGUGCGACGCGACCCGUCAUGGGCGACAAGAUCUGGGCGCAGUGGGAGGAGCUGCUGCGUUCACGCCAGCUGCUGCACGAGGUCGAGUACGGCAAGAGCGACCGACGAUUUCGAUUCGGAGACGGCAAGACGCUGGAGGCCAAACGGUCCGUGACCUUGAACGUGUGGCCGUUCGGCGUCAAGAAGCAGAUCACGAUCCAUCUCGUCGAGGGGUGGACGCCGCUGCUCAUCGCCCGUUCGUGCAUGGAAGAGUGGGGUUUGGUCCAGGACUACCGCGCCGGCACGUUCAUGAUGAAGGACCUCCCCGACAAAGGCUGGAUGAAGUCCGAGCGAGACGAGAAGGGGCACUUCAUCAUCGACCUGCUGGGUGGCGCCGGCAGGCCCACCGACGACGCGAUGAACGAGGGCGCGCCGACCGAGGGCGAGCCCAGCAGCGACGACUCGACCGACAAGGAGUCCGAGGCACCGCCGACCGAGUCCGAGGACGAUUCUGAAUCGUCCGACGUGGACCCCGACGCGUACUACCUCGAGACGGUCACCGAGUUUUAUGACAUCAGUGACAAUGACGACGUGGGAAGUGAGCGGACCCAGGAGUUUUCGGUGGCGGGUUCGAGCGAGAGCGCUAAACCGAGCACGAUGGACCCCGACACCUACACCGACCUGGCCCUGGCCCUCGAGCAGGCAUGCGACGGCAUGAAGGAGAUGCUCCGAGGACCCCCGCCGCGCAAGGUCUGGGAGGUAUUCGUGGACGCAGGAGGUCUGUCGCAAGCGCUGCUCGAGUACCCCAUGGUGGACGUCAUGCAGUUCCGCCUCGAGGACGGCUGGGAUUUCUCCAAGCCGAAGGUGAUCAAGGCGUUCUUGAGGAAGAUCGACGUCGAGAGACCCGACGACAUCUUCUUCGCACCCCCGUGCAAAGUAUGGUGCUCGUGGCAGUACGUGAACGCCUCGCUCUCAGCGGAGCGCGCCGCGGAGAUCCACGAGGCGAGAGUGCGCGAGGAGAAGACGUUUCUGAAGCUGGUCCGAGACUCGUUCGUGAAGCAGCUGAGUGGAGGCCGACACGCCUACGUGGAAGGCCCAUGGUCAGGAGCGCACUGGAACACCAAGACGUGGAAGGCACUGCCGGGACAUCACUGCCGACUGGACCAGUGCCGCCUGGGAGCCAAGUUCCCCAUGAAGGGAGUGGACAUGCCGUACCAGAAGCCGACGCGAUUGCAGUCCACUAACAAGGAGUUCGUCGAUCACAUGGGUCUGAGGUGCGAGUGCAGGGGCGAGCGCGUGACACUACGCGGCAAGCUCGCCCAGCAGGCUCAGAACUACCCCGCACCGAUGGCCCGGCGGAUGGCCUACCUGAUUGCUUACCAGGGCAUGGCCGCCGACAUCGACGAGAUUUACACAGCCGAGGAAGUGCACAAGGACAUCGACGCCAUCGAGUACACAGACGUAAUGCAGGAGCUGAUGAAGCGCUUCAACGUCUCGACCAUCCGUGCGGUCAAGCGCGCCCACGUCAGCCUGGGACACCCCUCGAAUGCGGCGCUGGCCAACGCCAUGCGACACGCAGGUGCCCCAGCAGAGUGGAUCCAGUGCGCCAGGCUUUAUCAGUGCGAGAUUUGCCUCAAGAGACAGCGACCGCGCACCGUGCGCGUGGCCGUGCUCCCGAAGGCCAAGCGCUUCAACGAGGUGGUCUGCACCGACGUGUACUACGUUACCUGGAAGACGAAGGAACGGAAGAUCCUAGCGAUGAUGGACGAGUUCACGCGCUACGAGGUCGAUUACCCUAUCGCAAAGGAGACCUUCAAGAAGGAGAAGAAGCUCUUCGAGAAGCUCUGGAUCAGCUGGGCCGGCAAGCCCGAGACGAUGCGCAUGGACAUGGGCGGUUCGCACACGUCCAAGAAGAUGCACUCCUGGAUGAGCAAGCACGACAUCAAGCUCGACCUGAUACCGAAGGGCGCGCAUCACAAGCUGGGCUUGAUGGAGCGGAACCACGCGGUUCGGAGGGAGCAGCUGAGCAAGUACCACAUGCAGUUCCCCGACGACUCGCUCAAGACAGCCCUUCGGAUGACGGCCAGCCAGCGCAACCUACUGCGGAACGUGCACGGGUUCUCACCCGCCAUGCUGGUGCUGGGGACUCAGCCCCGCGUGCCGGGCGCCCUCACUGACGAGGACUUCGGCCUGGCCGAGCAGUCCGCGCUGGUCGACCCGAGGAGCGAGGUGCACGAGAUGAUGCUGCGGCGUGUCGCCGCCGGCACGGCCUUCAUCGAGGCCAACUGCUCGCGCGCCGUGCGCGCGGCCCUGUUGGCCCGCAGCAGGCCGACCCGGCGAGAAUACGAGGUUGGCGAGUGGGUCUACAUUUGGAGACCGGAGCCUUCACGUGGCCUGGAGAAGUGCCACUGGUUCGGGCCCGCGCUGGUGGUGGCCGUGGAGGCGAAGCCCAACGAGGACGACGUGCUGCACACCUCAGUGGUCUGGGCCACACACGGGUGCGUGAUCUACAGGUGCACGGUCGAGCAGCUACGACCUGAACUGCCGGGCGAGGCCCGCGAGCGCGAGGGCCGCAGGGACGACCCCGACAGUCCGCUCAGCUUGAUCGAGAAGCUGCGCCGCGCAUUGAGGCGGACGAAGGGUACCUGCAACUACAGGGACCUGGCGGAGGAGGGGCAGACGCCCCAGUACGACGGCAACCUGGACGACAUGGGGGACCAGCCGCAGGCGCGGGGACCCGACGUCCAGGAGACAGACAUGGAGGAGCCCGGCGAGGCAUCGGGGGCAGCUGCAGCGGCAACUCCCGAGGAGGCUCAGCCUGGCGAUGCUGGUGGCGUGGAAGCAGUUGAUCGAGACUCACCACGUUCCCCAGCGGCUGACGAUGGCGCCGCCGCGAGCGGAAGUGCAUCAAGCCAUGCAGCGCCAGAGCCCAGCCGGCUCCACAUCGAGACGAUGGCCAAGAGGAGCGUAGAGGAGGCCGAGAAGCUGGAUGGCGUGCCGCUAUCGAAGCGAGCCCGCUUGACGUGGGCCAAGCUGAACCCUCCUGACGAGCACGCCACGCUGCUUGAAGAAGUAGACGACGAGAUGCUAUUGUUGGAAGAGUCCACUGAGACGGUCUACAUGCUGGCCUUCAAGCGGAAAGCCCCCACCAUCGUGGAGGGAAAGCUGACGCCCGAGGAGAAGGAACAAUUCUACGCAGCGAAGCUGGAGGCCCUCGAGGUGUUCAAUCGGAACGACGGCUGGGAGCCCAUCAACGAGGAAGACGUGGACCCAGCAGCUUGCUGUCCGUUGCGGUUCUUGCUGAAGUGGAAGAUGAAAGACGGACAGAAGGUGGCUAACGCGCGCGUGCUGUACCAGGGGUUCAAGCAUCGCGACGUCGCCGAGGGCCAGCUCGACAAGGAGGCGCCGACCUUGAGCAGACUGGGCCGGCACACGGUCAUGCUCUGGGCGUCCCUACGGAAGUGGAGGCUGUUCACGGCGGAUGUGAAGUCCGCAUUCCUGCAGGCGGAGGACGUGAGCGUACGCGGACUCAAGCUGUACGCGAGCCCGACGAAGGAGAUGAGGGAGAUGCUCUCUCAGCAGAUCGGCCUGCAACCUGGACAGCUGCUGAAGAUGAUCAAGCCGUGUUUCGGGGACCCGAGGUCGCCGAAGCUCUGGCACUACCGGUCGGAUGAAGUCACGAAGGAGAUCGGGUUCAGGAACCACUGGCUCGAGGACUGCCUCUUGCUGUCCCUGCGCCCGGCGAAGGUCGAGGACGACCCGUUCGACGUGUGCAGCUUCGAGGACCAGACCUACGUGGUGGACGGCCUGAUCGGCAAGCACGUGGACGACUUCAUCGGAUGCGGCGAGGGAGUCAACUGUGAGGACGACUUGCACACCAUGCUGGACAACUCGGAGUGCUUCCAAGCGAGAUUGGGCGCGCUCAACCAGAAGUUCACGUUCGGCAAGUGGGACUUCGGGCCGAGCCUGAUCUUCACUGGUGGCGAGGUGGAGCAGUCUCUCAGCACCUACGCGGUGACCCUGAAGUUCGAGAAGUACCUGCACGCGGUGAAGCCCAUCACCAUCGAGAAGCACCGCCGGGCGGACCCGACGAGCGCGCUGACGCCGAGGGAGCUCACCAGUUUCAGGACCCUGAACGGGCAGCUGCAGUGGCCCGCGGCCCAAGGAGUGAUGAUAGCCGCAGCGACUGUUUCUUUCAGGGCAGCGGCCACGGGAAGUGCUACGGUGCAGGACCUCCUGGACGCGAACAAGGAUCUGCGCUUUCUGAAGGCCAACGCGGACGUGGGACUCUACUUCGGGUUCGACAAGGCCUGGAGCGAGCUGCGCGUGGGAGGCUACUCCGACGCGAGUUGGGCCAGCCGCCUGGACGGGAGCUCGCAGGGUGGCUAUGCGAUCUUCGUUGGACCCGACGACGACCUGCGAAACGGCAACCCGACACCGUUCGUGGGGGUGGAGUGGGCCUCGAAGAAGCUCGUGCGGCUGUGCAGGAGCUCGCUGUCCGCGGAGGCGCAGGCAGCUGCGCUAGGCGUGGAUUCGUUGAUGUGGGUGAAGAUCUACCUGACGCUGAGCUUGCGGCCAGACUUCAAGCCAGACCAAGCGAUGCUGUACCUCGGAGAGUCGCCGUUCAUCACGGACGCGAAGUGUCUCUACGACGCCUCAAGGUCAGCCACAGCAGGCCUGGGCAUCACGGAGAAGCGGACAGCCAUCGAGGUGAAUAUUGUGAACGAACAGAUGGAAGAGAUCGGAGCAGUGUGGAAGUGGGUGAAUACCCAGCAGCAGAUGGCGGACGGGUUGACGAAGCUCUCCGCACGCCAGCAGAUGGCGGACGUGCUGCGCCGUGGAGUUCACGCUCUACGGUGCGACCCGAAUUUCGUGGCCGGGAAGAAGCUGACCAAGCGCGCGAUGGAGCAGCGCGAGAAGGAGCUGGACCAGGCUGGAGAUGACCUGGCGGACGAGUUUGAGGCAAAGCCAAAGGAGAAGCCCAAGCAGAGGAAGCGCCAUUUCGGCGCGAGUGGUGCGAGGUUGGCGGCAACCUUGGCAGCGAGCGGAGCAUCGAGUGCAGCCGGAGAGUUGAUGAAGUACAUGCCCAGCGGCGUUGAGCUGUUCAACACACCGGGGCCCGACGACUGGAGCGGCCUGAUCACGAAGCUGCUCAUGAUAGGCAUCGUGACAUGCCUCAUCCUGGCGUUCGGCUGUGGGUUCUGCGCAGGGGUGUGGUGGAUGCACCUGACGAGCAAGACGACGAGCGCAGCCUACAAGACGCUGGAGCUGGAGACGGGACAGAUCCCGACCAGAUCGACGACGGCGGGGACCGCCACGACAGGAACGAGCACGAAGCCGAUCAAGCAGAAGAAGACGCGCGACAUGUGCUGCCAGGCUCCGACACGCUACAAUCUCGACCUGGCACAGCCGAGGGGAACCCACGCCUAUGGCGACGUGGCGGCGAUGCCGCACUACCUGAAGUGCUUCGAGAAGCACGACAUGCUGAGCGCC